CAUCACUUCCGGUUAGCCAGCACGCUAGCCUGCCGCUAAUAACAAUAACGUCUGUUGUCGUCAAAACAAGAUUUUAUUGUUUUUUUUUAGCUUCGUCUGGUUAUUAAAUGAACAAAUGUAAACUCACACAUGUCAUACGUGAUGUUUGUACUUUAAACUGAUGGCGUUGUGCGCUUAAAGCAGCAAGGUGCAGGAUGGAAGUUUUGACUUUAAGGAGGUGGAGAGUUGUUGCCGGACCAUGUCCCUGAUCCUGUUCGUUUUGGUGGUCCGGGUCAGAGACGGACUCCCUCUGUCGGCGUCCACGGACUUCGAGCACAAUGUUGAGCUCCAGGAGAGGAAGCAGCAGCUGAGGACCAUCAGCAGGACUCUGGCCGCCUUCCCAGAGAGGACUAGUAUGAAAGGCCAGGAGCUGGACAUCCACCUGCUGUCGUGGGAGGGCGUGUCCUACAUGAGUGUGUGUCACUGCAGCAUGUCCCUCGCCAAGGUCUUUUGCUUCCUGGAAGAUCUUCGCUGGGAGUUCUCAGCCUGCUACAAACCAAACCUGGUCGCCUUGGCAACCAGACCGUAUCCCUUCCUACACUUUGACGACAUCAUCCAGAAGCUGAAGCAGCAAUACGAGCAAAAAGGCGGUCCCGCUCUGCAGGUCACUCUGACCGAGGUCCAGGAGGACUUGAGGCUCCGCCCACCACAGAUCGUCUCCCUGGAGGAGGUGGCGCUCACCAACGGUGCAGCAAACGGACACGCGGAGCAACUUCAAUCUUCUGGCCAGUGCACCAAACUGGAAGCAGUGACGGCGCCCGGCAUCCUCGCGCUGGUCCUCAACAUCAUGUGUGCGUCUUUGAACCUCAUCCGCGCCGUGCACCUCUUAGAACACACAUUCCAGGACGACCAGGACAACGUUUGGAACGUGGCGGCCUUCCUGCUGGCGUUCGUGUGCGGCGCGGUCCAGUGUCACCUGUACCUCUUCCAUUCCCGCCACAAGACGGCGAAGAGCGCGGUGCUGCUGAGCGCGGUGGUGGCCUGCAACCUCUUCCUGCUGGGCCUGAGGAACGCCUGGCAGGUGGCGUUCCACGUGGGCGUGGCCUCGCUGGCCACCGUCCUCAUCGCCACGCGCAGAGUCCGCCGAGACCGCAGCCACGACUGCGGCGUGUGACCUCCGACCUCCAGCGUCGGAGGCAUCAGACGUGAUGGAUUGCUAGGGACGGGACUAAUUCCUGACGUGGACAGACUGCAUCAGCAGGGGGCGCUGUGGCUCAAACUACGCCUAAAUGUUCUUCAUCUGGGACAAAAAGGCAAAUCUGGCUUGUUUUGCUUUAUCUUCUAAGAUAUUCAAACGUAUUUUCGGUUCAGGGCAAUUU